AUGAUUCGCCUUGCUCUGGUCAUUACUGCAUUACUGGAAAUAGCUAUCAAAGCAGAACGGAUUAAUCUUCAAACCGAAUCAAAAGAUAUGGUAACGAACAGAAAUGACGAAAAGGAGGAAGACAAAGUUAAUGAUAUUGAUGAAGAUGAAGACGGUGACGACGACGAUGAUGGUGAUGAUGAUAAUGGGAUUUCUGGAAAAGAUGAUAAACGAAAUGGCGAUUUAUACCCACUUCUUCACGAUAACAAAAAGCGAUUGCUGAGAUUUGAACGAGCUGCUACACAACACGCUGCUCUCACGGAGGAAGUGGUAAAUAAACAGGGCAAUGAUAAGGGCAAACACCGCUCAAGUAAAACUAAGAAUAUGGACAAUAACGGCAGUGGCGAUGGCAAUGAUCAAAGUGAUUACGAUGAUGAAGACGAAGGAAACGAUGUUCAAAUUUUUAAACCUGAUAAUUACUUUACGAUAGCUGCAAAUUUCUUCAACCUUCAAAAUCAUCCGGGCAUUUGGCACAUAAGCUACUUUGGCCAUGGCACCCAUCAUCCUUUUAAAAAAUGA